UACCGUAAAGCGUGGGGGGCGCUGACAUCAUCAUCGUCAUCAUGUACCACAGCAGCACGCAGCGCAAGCACUGGAUCUUCUGCAGCGGGCAGGAGUUGGAGCGGUGCCGGGAGGAGGCCAACCGCAACUUCCACAGCAAGGCGGCGGCGACUGGGAAGGUCCAGCAGAAUGACCUUCGGCUGCUAAAGCCCCAUGAGGAGCUGGCGAUAUGCAAGCACUACGAAAAGCGGCUGCUGGACUUCUGCUCCGUCUUCAAGCCUGCCAUGCCGAGAUCCGUGGUGGGAACAGCUUCCAUGUAUUUCAAACGUUUUUACCUCAAUAACUCGGUGAUGGAGUAUCAUCCUCGGAUAAUAAUGCUGACAUGUGCAUUUUUGGCCUGUAAAGUGGAUGAAUUUAAUGUGUCCAGUGUACAGUUUGUUGGUAACCUUCGAGAAAGCCCUGCUGGACAGGAAAAAGCUCUUGAACAAAUACUGGAGUAUGAGCUACUGCUUAUUCAGCAACUGAACUUUCAUCUUAUUGUCCAUAAUCCAUACAGGCCAUUUGAGGGAUUUCUAAUCGAUCUAAAGACUCGCUAUCCAGUGCUGGAGAAUCCUGAAGUUCUGAGGAAAACAGCUGAUGACUUCCUCAGUCGAGUGGCUCUGACAGAUGCAUACCUGCUCUUCAGUCCCUCACAGAUAGCUCUUGCUGCCAUAUUAUCCAGUGGUUCAAGAGCAGGAAUUAAUAUGGAAAGUUAUUUAUCAGAAAGUCUUAAGCUGAAAGAAGACAGAACAGCCCUAGCAAAGCUACUAGAUGGCAUGAAAUUCUUCAGGUUUCCAUUGCUACGAUGCAAAGGAAAUGCUGGGAUCACUUACUCUUCACUUGCAUUAUUCUGGAAAGUAGCUUCAGCCCAAAGGCAGCUCUUCUGUAAACAGAUGAUUGCUGGAAGGAAAUUUUGUAACCUCUGUGUAUGAUUAGUUUAACAGAAAAAUGCUGAUAGGAUUAAAAAAAUCUUGUAUCUUGCAGGGUAGCUGUAAAUUUAAGUUAAAUACUUAAGACUGAAAGCAGUCUUUACUUAAGAAGGAGGUAUGAUGCUGAAUGUGAACAAUACCUCUGCUUUUCUGAGGCUUGUUAGCAGACAAACAUGAACUCUACAGUUGCUAUAACUUACCUUGAGGAAAUCCAAGAUCAAUGAUGCUAAUGACUUGUUUCAGUGUAGUUUUUGUGCUCGGCUUCUGCUGUACCUUGAUGUUAUUUAAAACUAAUACUCAGAAUAAGAUGAUAGUUAAGUCUUUUCGAUCCUGUAAAGUUUCAGUGCUGGUAGGAUGAGAAGUUCUGUAAGCAAGCAGUUAGGGGGUGUUAAUACUUUGAAUGUCUGAUG